CUCUGAGUAGCUGGGACUACAGGCGCCCGCCACCAUGCCCAGCUAAUUUUUUGUAUUUUUAGUAGAGACGGGGUUUCACCGUGGUCUCGAUCUCCUGACCUCGUGAUCCACCCGCCUCGGCCUCCCAAAGUGCUGGGAUUAGAGGCAUGAGCCACUGCGCCCGGCCGACACUACACUAUUUUAUAGCAGGGACUUGAGCAUCUGCAGGGGUCCUGGAAUCAAUCCCGCAUGGAUACUGAGGGACACCUGUACAUCUGAGUCUGUGAGUGUCUGAGGCGGUACUUCUGGUGCCCAUGGACUUCGAGGGAUGGUUAGGAGUUUGAUAAGCGGAGGGAAGAGUACCAAGUGCAAAGGUCGCAGGGGAAAGGCUCAGCAUGCCCCGAAUUCACCAACCAAGGCAGCAGGGGUGACGGGAGGUCCUGCAGCAUGGGCCAGUCCCGGAGGGCAGACAUCUCCAGGAACGGCCCCUCUCCCACCCAUCCUUGGAUUCCAGCACGUGCAAGUUCUGGAGGCAGGAAACGGAACAAAACCUUUUCACUGCUGAUGACAUGUCCUGUGACCCUCCCACACUGUGAGUCUCUCAGUCUCCAAACAAAGGCAAGACCCUAGGUUCCAUGGAAUUGCCACCUGCUCUGGCAGAGCCCCUGAUGCUCAGCCCCCAAACCUGCCCCGCUGGGGCACUCACUGUGAGAUGCAUCUGAACUCCACGGUCAAGGGGCAGGCGGUGAGCCCCACGCCAGGACUUCAGACACGAAGCUGGACAAUGGCUGAGGGAGGAGGCUCAGUAGGGUGGGACGGUGAUGUGGGCGGUCCAAUAGGCACAACCCUGGACAUCCCACAGUGGGGCCAGGGACCCACAUCAGUGACGCCAUUACCCCCAAGCCUGGGCCCCUUCCCAGGAGGCAGCACCCGGACUGGGCUACUGACUGCAGACCUCAGGUGCUCUGCCCAUGGCUCCCCCAUAGCUGCCCAAUCAUGCCCAGGUGUCCUGUCACCUGGCCCAAUGUCAGCCCUAAACAGGGCAUGAGGAGCACCCUUUCCCACUGGCCAGGGGUAGAAGGGGGAGCAGAGACUGGCCUCUUGGAGGGGAGGAGAUGGCGGCACCCUGGGUGGGCACACAGGGUUGGGGGCUGCUGCAGAGUAGCGGAGCAGCAACAGACCACCUGGGGGCACCCACACUCCAGGGCUCAGCAGUGAGGGUACAAGGGUGAUCUUGCCCACAGGAGACUCGGGAAGCCCGGGAACCUCGGGUGUGGUUCCUGCCUCCUGGCUGGCUGCUGCCCUUGGGCUGAUGCUAUGGCUUGCUGGUGGGGCCCUGGCUGGCCACCCUGGGACUCCAAAUGCCAUGAGGGAUGUGCACUUUCCCAGGAUUGGCUGUGCCGGGAACCAGCGAUGCCCACACAAAAACAUGACACCCCGGACUCCGGUGGGGACCCAAGGGUACAGUAGGGGACACACCACCUGUGGAUACAGGCGCACACACACGCAUUAGACUUGCCGCCAGUGUGAGGGCCAAGCCUGGCUUCCGGCUUCCUCCUCCAUACUGCUGUUCUAACUUGGGGGGAGGGGAAGAGGAAUGCGGAGGGGGCUGCUGCAGACUCGGCCCUGCACCUGUGGCUGGUCCAGCUCAGCUCCAGCAGGAACACCCCGGGGCCAGUGCAGGUGGGGCUAGGCGAGCAGGUAGACCUGCUCCAACCUGCCCCUCCUGCUCCCAGGUUUGAGGCCCACAGUGUGUGCCUGUGGGUGACAAGAUCCUGUGCAGAUCCAGAAAGCUCUCCAAGCGGCUAGGCCCAGCCUGUGGUGUGACCGCAGGCCUGCCAGGCUUCGGACACCUCCACCCACCUAACACUGGACACUCACUCAGCUCCGUCUUUGCUCCCCAACCCAACUCUUGGCCUUGCCUGUGCCAGGAGCUCCCAGCUCCCACUUCCCCUGUAGUGGGAGGGCUCUGCGUCAGGUGAGGCAGGCUGUACUGCCUGUCUGACAGGGGUCAGGGACCUUUCUCCAGCCUGGGCCAGGGGGAACCAGAGGCCAAUGGCUUUUUUUUUUUUUUUUUUUUUUUUUUUUGAGAAGGAGUCUCACUCUGUUGCCCAGGCUGGAGUGCAGUGGUGCGAUCUUGGCUCAUUGCAACCUCUGCCUCCUCAGGGUUCACGUAAUUCUCCCGCCUCAGCCUCCCAAGUAGCUUGGAUUACAGGUGCCUGCCACCGCUAAUUUUUAUAUUUUUCUUAGUAGAGACGGGGUUUCACCAUCUUCGCCAAGCUAGUCUUGUACUCCUGACCUCGUGAUCCACCCGCCUGGGCCUCCCAAAGUGUUGGGAUUACAGGCAUGAGCCACUGCACCCGGCAGAGACCAAUGGUUUUGAGGGGGUGGGACCCACAGAAUUCCUCACCUUGGCUGUUCCCAACCAUGACGGUUCCCCUGGUUGGAGCAGAGGCUUGGUGGGACCUUCAUACUGGCAGCAGGGGGCCAGGGACCUGGGCGGCCCACUCGCCUGCUGGCUCUGUCUCAAGCGCCCUUUUGGCCUCAAAGGCUGCCUGCUUGUCUGCCAACCACCCCACGUGGUCUCACCCCCUCCAACUACAGUCGAAGGAAAAACUGCUUCAGGCUGGGCGCGGUGGCUCACGCCUGUAGUCCUCGCACUUUGGGAGGCCAAGGCAGGCAGAUCGCUUUAGAUCAGGAGUUCGAGACCAGCUUGGACAACACAGACCCCGUCUCUACUCAAAACACAAAAAAAUUAGCUAGGCGUGAUGGAGUGUGCACCUGGGGUCCCGGUUGCUCAAGAGGCUGAGGUGGGAGGAUCGCUUGAACACGGUAGGCAGACGCUGUAUUGAGCCGAGAUCACGCCACUGCACUCCAGAGGCCCUGUCUCAAAAAAAAAAAAAAGAAAAACUGCUUCAAUUCUCCUCACCAAAGCCAGCACGCCCGAGGUGUCCCCAUCUCAGGAAGUGACACUCCGUCCUCCCAGGAGCUCAGCCCGACGCCCCACAACCCUGCAGGCCUCCCCGCGACGCCCCCGUCCUGGACCGGCGGAGCCCACCCCGCCUCCUGGACCCCGCCGUCACCCUCCCUAGUCUCCGGGGACACUCGGAGCUUCUGACCCCGCAGCCUCCCGGCCUCCCCUGCUCCUGGGGUGUGGCCACCGGAACACCACGGGCACCUUCGCGCCCCGACACCGCCGCCUGGCUCAGCUGAUGCCCGCGCCCCCACCCCAGGCCAGGAGCCCUACCCCGCGCGCGCUCAGACUGCGCAUCCGGCGGGGAGGACCCUCGCGACCCUACCUAUUGCCCCUGCCAGGCUCGGAUGCCGAACCCGCCGGGGCCAAAGCAAGAGCGACCAGGAACCGCCCGGAAGCGCGGAGGGGCGGGAAGAGGACCGGAUACGAACGCGCAGGCGCCCAGCCCCGCCCAGCCCCGCCCCCGGCCUCCAGGGCACGUGACCCGCGACCUCCCGGGCGCGCCCAGGCGCCGCGCACGCGCAGACCCAGCGCCGAGCCCGCGCCAUGGCGUCCGAGCGGCUUCCUAGCAGGCCAGCCUGUCUACUCGUGGCCAGCGGCGCCGCCGAAGGUGUGUCGGCCCAGUCCUUCCUCCACUGUUUCACGAUGGCCAGCACCACCUUCAACCUGCAGGUGGCCACCCCUGGGGGGAAAGCCAUGGAAUUUGUGGAUGUGACCGAGGGCAAUGCACGCUGGGUGCAAGACUUCCGCCUCAAGGCUUACGCCAGCCCCGCCAAGCUCGAGUCCAUCGAUGGUGCCCGGUACCAUGCCCUCCUGAUCCCCAGCUGUCCUGGGGCCCUGACCGACCUGGCCAGCAGUGGCUCCCUGGCCCGUAUCCUGCAGCACUUCCACUCUGAGAGCAAGCCCAUCUGCGCCAUCGGCCACGGUGUCGCCGCCCUGUGCUGUGCCACCAACGAGGACAGAUCCUGGGUGUUCCACGGCUACAGCCUGACAGGGCCCUCUGUGUGUGAGCUCGUCAGGGCCCCCGGCUUCGCCCGCCUGCCGCUCGUGGUGGAGGACUUUGUGAAAGAUUCGGGCGCCUGCUUCAGUGCAAGCGAGCCUGACGCUGUGCACGUCGUGCUGGACCGCCACCUGGUCACGGGCCAGAAUGCCAGCUCCACUGUGCCGGCCGUGCAGAACCUGCUCUUCAUCUGUGGCAGCCGGAAAUGAACCUGCUGGGUAGAUGCACCCCCGAGACAGCCCAGGUGUCUCCAGAGGCAGCCCCGUCUCAGGCUUCAGGGACCCCGCCUCUUCCCUCCUGACAAGGGCCCUGGAUGGCAGCCCGGUCUGGCCCUGAUGGGAUUGUUGGAGGCUUCCUGGAAUCAGCUCUGAGGGGGUGUCGGCUCUCCUGGAGGGUCCAAACCCCCAUCCCCUGCAUGUUUUCUGGUAGGAGGCAGAGAAAAGACCCCACGUGCCCGGAGGGCUGUGCUAGCUGCUAGGUGGUCCUCGGGAAUUCCAGGCUGGGUUUUCCGGGGAGGACUGGUUGCCACGUGUGGUCACUGUUGACUAGACAGAGUCGGCUCAGGGGUCCUCUGUGGGGGUUUGCCCUGUUGUGGCCUGUCCGCCACCCACCAUCCCUUUCACUGUUGGUGGGGGCCUUGAGGGGAGGGCCCAGCCGGCGGGAGCUGGCUCAGAACUUUGGCCAAAGGUGAACGGAAUGUUUUGGGAGCAGCAGCCUCCUGCCCUGAGGCUGACUGGCACUGGCAGCACUUUCCUGUUGAAGAGAUCUUCCUGGCAUGUGGUUUCAAAGUGUAAGCACCUUGGCAAUGCACCCUGUCCUGUCUAAGCACUAAGAGGCGUGUUUAGUUGUGAAUAUGCACCUUGGCGAUGUACCCUGUCCUAAGCACUGAGAGGCAUGUUUAGUUGUGAAUAUGAAACCAUGAGAUUCUCAAUGAGAGGAAAGUGCUGUCCCCCACAGCCUUGCAGAGUGGCCUCAGGUAGAGCAGCUGUCAAGAGCAGACAGUGGUCCAGCCUGCUGGGCACCUGGCCUGGGCCGUGGCCCUCCAGCGGGCUGCCCACUGGCCCCGGUGUAGGGCCUCUGCUUCUUCACAAUUUCCCAGUUUGAGCCAUCAAAGGCCUUCCUCCUGCCCACCUGCCCAUCUCAGCCACAGCCGUUCCCAAGCACCAGGGUGGCUCCUGGUGCCUGUGACCUGCCAAGAGGCCCCUUGUGAUUAUAAAACCGUUCAGGUGGGCCGGGCGCGAUGGCUCAUGCCUGUAAUUCCAGCGCUUUGGGAGGGCAAGGCGGGCGGAUCACGAGGUCAGGAGAUCAAAACCAUCCUGGUUAACAUGGUGAAACCCCAUCUCUACUAAAAAUACAACAAAAAGUUAGCCGGGCGUGGUGGCGGGUGCCUGUAGUCCCAGCUACUUGGGAGGCUGAGGCAGGAGAAUGGCGUGAACCCAGGAGGCAGAGCCUGCAGUGAGCUGAGAUCGCGCCACUGCACUCCAGUCUGGGCGACAGAGCGAGACUCCGUCUCAAAACAAAACAAAAAAACAGUUGGCUGGGCGUGGUGGCUCACGCCUGUAAUCCCAGCACUUUGGGAGGCCAAAGUGGUCGGAUCAUCUGAGGUCAGGAGUUUGAGACCAGCCUGGCCUACACGGUGAAACUAAAAUAGAAAAAUUAGCUGGGCGUGGUGUCAGGCGCCUGUAUUCCCAGCUACUUGGGAGGCUGAGACAUGAGAAUUGCUUGAACCUGGGAGGCGGAGGUUGCAGUGAGCCAAGAUUGCGCUGUUGCACUCCAACCUGGGCAACGAGUGAAACUCUGUCUCAAAAAUAAAAAAUAAUAAAGUAAAAUAAAGCUGUUCAAUAAGGAGAAUUCAGAAAAAAGUGGAAGAAGGAAGCGCUGCAGCCACAUCCCUGCCCUGAAGGCUGCUUCCCUCCAGUGCCUCGCAGAUUAAUCAGGAUGCCCACUUAGCACUGACCGCGGGGCCUUGCUCUGUCCCGGGUCCACUCUCACCCCCGUGUGGUGAUGGACAUCUCUGGACAAGUGCUUUUUAUUUAUUUAUUUUUUGAGAUGUAGUUUCUCUCUCGUCGCCCAGGCUGGAGUGCAGUGGCACAAUCUUGGCUCACUGCAACCCCUGCCUCCCGGGUUCAAGUGAUUCUCCUGCCUCAGCUACCUGGAGUAGCUGAGAUUACAGGUGUGUGCCACCAUGCCCAGCUAAUUUUUGUAUUUUUAGUAGAGACCGGGUUUCACCAUGUUGGCCAAGCUGGUCUCGAACUCCAGACCUCGAGUGAUCCUCCUGCCUUGGCCUCCCAAAGUGUUAGGAUUACAGGCGUGAGCCACUGCGCCUGGCCUAAUUUUUGUAUUUUUAGUAGAGAUGGGGUUUCAUCGUGUUGGCCAGGCUGGUCUUGAACUCCUGACCUCAGGUGAUCCACUUCCCUCAGCCUCCCAAAGUGCUGGGAUUACAGGAGUGAACCACCAUGCCCGGCUAACAAGUACUAUUUUAUUUUUAUUUUAUUUUUUGGAUGGAGUCUCAUUCUGUCGCCAGGCUGGAACACAGUGGCACAAUCUUGGCUCACUGCAACCUCCGCCUCCCGGGUUCAAGUGAUUCUCCUGCCUUAGCCGCCCGAGUAGCUGGGACUACAGGUGCACACCAUCACACCCAGCUAAUUUUUGUAUUUUUCCUUUUCUUUUUUUUUUUUUUUUUUUUUUUUGAGAUGGAGUCUUGCUCUGUUGGCAGGUUGGAGUGCAGUGGCUUGAUCUCGGCUCACUGCAACCUCUGCCUCUGCCUCCCAGAUUGAAGCAAUUCUCCUGCCUCAGCCUCCCGAGUAGCUGUGACUACAGGCACGUGCCACUACGCCCAGCUAAUUUUUGUAUUUUCAGUAGAGAUGGGGUUUCACUAUGUUGGCCAGGAUGGUCUCGAUCUCUAGACCUCGUGAUCUGCCCGCUCGGCCUCCCAAAGUGCUGGGAUUGCAGGCGAACUCAUGUCUUAAUGUCGUAGUCCAUUUGGGCUCCUAUAAGAAAAUACCGUAAACUGGCUGGGCGCGGUGGCUCACGCCUGUAAUCCCAGCACUUUGGGAGGCUGAGGCAGGUGGAUCACCUGAGGUCAGGAGUUCGAGACCAACCUGGCCAAGACAGUGAAACCCCGUCUCUACUAAAAAUACAAAAAUUAGCCGGGCACGAUGGUGGGCGCCUGUAAUCCCAUCUACUUGGGAGGCUGAGGCAGGAGAAUCGCUUGAACCCGAGAGGCGGAGGUUGCAGUGAGCUGACAUCACGCCACUGCACUCUAGCCUGGGUGACAGAGCAAGACUCCAUCUCAAAAAAAAAAAAGAAAAAAUACUGUAAACCUCGUGGCUUAUAAACAACAGAAGUCAGUUUCAGUUUUGGAGGCUGGAAGCCCAAGAUGAAAGCACCAGCAGAUGCAGCCUCUUUUUUAAGGGUGAUGGUCCCAUCAUGAGGCUGUGCCCCUUCCCUGUGACCGGAUGACCUCCCAGAUGCCCCACCUAAUACCAUCCCCUUGCAGGUGAGGACUUAAGCAGGUGGGUUCUGGGGGGACAUGCUCAGGCCACAGCAGGGUGGAUGAAGAGCCAGUGAGCCUCACUGAGCCCCUCUGGUCAGCCAGAUCUGACAUCGAGCCCAGCACUGAAGAUCAAAGCAGGUGGGGCUUUGGGAUGUGAAGUGGGUUCUGACAUGGGGCCCCACAGACUUGUCUCUGAGUGAGCUGCCUGCAGGCCCCCGCGUCAUUCCUCAGCUGCGUGCAAGGCAUCUGGCUUGGAGGGCCUCCCUGCUGUGCCCAGUUCUCUCUCUGCCAGGGCAGGGCUUGGGGCAGCACCAGGCUGGGGCAGAGGAGGAAAGCAAGAGGACAGAACCUCUAGAAGAGCAGCAGAGGGCGGGUGAGGAUUUCCCCAUAUACCAGUGUGUGUUCAUCUACCCACGAGGAAUAAAACCAUGCAGCUGCAUACAAA